GUUUCCGUAUGAUAUCAGACUCGUAUGUCCCUGAAAACGUUGUUAACGAUCCGUAGACAGAAAAUCUCCACGUUUUGGAUAAUCGGUAAUUCACGUAUGUACGAAUUCAACGAGGAUGGGCUCGGCGGAUCGUGACAAAGAACGCGAAAUACAAUGAGCGAAUGGCAGGAAAUUGGCGAGCGUCCAUUCCAUUUUCGUAGAACGAGUAAUCGGCUGUUUCUCGAUAUACGAUAGUACGUACAGUAUCAUACGGUUCUGCACGAGUCCUUCCUUUGCACCAGUUGACAGCACCGUAAAUUAAAACUCGUUCUGGCGAGCAUCGUCGAUAUCUCGACACUCUUAACGAAUCCUUUCUCUUUCUCUCUCUUUUUCUUCCUAUAAUUUUUCCCAUUUUCUCAGCUCGUACAACUGUCUGGUAGAUCGUUGAAUUUUUUGUUUUCUACGUUCUCCACGUACAUAUAUAUUGUUACUCAAGUUCUUUCAUUACGAUCAUUAACGAUACAAGACGAAUUUCAUAUCAAACGAUUCUAGUCUCGAGACAAUAGAUAAAGAACGUUCCUGGUUCAGAUGGAGAUUGUGAUUUGACAAUUGACAAUUCACAAUUCGCAACUGUAAACUGCAACUGCGAACGCGCAAUUGCAACUGCAAACUGUAAUUCGUAAUGCACAAAUUGCAAAUUACAAAUAACAAAUCAAAAUCGCCAUCUGGACGAUCGAUUUCGAAUUUCCCGGCAUUUAACCAUUACUGUUUUGUCGAUCUCACUUGGUACACACUUCGGAAUGGUGGCGUUCAACGAGGCACAACUUCCGGCUCGAGGGAAGUCUUGGAACAUUGUUACGAACAGCACUACGUAUUUGAAAUUAUCUCCACGUGGGAGCUCUCGACCUUUUCUUCCUCUCUCUCUCUCUCUCUCUCUCUUCCUCUCUCCUCAAGUUGUUAUCGUAUCAAUGGACCAUCGGUUGUGCCGUGAAACUCAUUAUUUCGCAAGAAUUUGUAUUCUCGUCGCGUCGCGUUGCUUGACCAGUCACGUGUUUCUCUCCUUUUUUUCCUGGUCAAGUAGACGGAUCAUCAAUUGAACAGAAAUUAUUAUAAUUAUUAUAAUAGUGAUGUCAUCAUUUAAUAUUCUUAGUUUCUGAAAAUUGAACAGCGGUUGGCUUAAUUGAAGCUUCAGGAUCAUAAUGCCUGGUUUUAUUGCAUUUGGUAGACGUUGGAAAUUCGGGAGCGAUGAUUUGUUCAUACCAUUUUUCAUUCUUCUAUUUAUUCACUCAGUUCAUUUCGCAUGGCCCUAAGCAAGAAUCCCUAAGUCUGAAUCCACGUGUUAUUCUUACUCCAUUGCGAUAUCGAAAGGUGACAGUACUCGGAGUCCUAUUGGGAAUCCUUCAAUGGGAUCGCAGUGUUAUGUGUAUAUUUCUUCUAUGGGAAUACAUAUUAGGCUAUCUCGUGCUUUUCAUAGUCUCCAUGGUGGUAGAGUUCUCAAUCUGUUUUCUUGCAACGAGAGGCAGUAUUCUGGACACUGCGGUGAGGGCACCGAUGCAAUACAUACUUUAUAUUCGCUUAUUCCUCUUAUUGGUAGAAGCAGGAUGGUUGUGUGCAGGAAUAACUUGGUUAACACGAUUCUAUCAAACUUGCCCUGUGGACCAAGCUAAGGAUGUGAUGCUGGGUUUGGUGAUAUCGAAUUGGUGUGUGUUGGCGUCGGUGAUGGUGACGGUAUGGUGUACGUACGACGCCGCUGGCAGAUCCUGGGUGAAAAUGAAGAAAUAUCAACGUAGCAUGAGGGAGGCGGAAUCGAGGAGCGGUAGAUUACACUAUAAACGCAGCGGCAGCAGAAACCGAAAUUGGCGACAACGAAAAGUUAUACGUGCCUAUCAAGAUAGCUGGGACAACAGAUGCAGAUUGUUGUUUUGUUGUAUGGGAAAUUCCGAUCGAAGUAGAAACUCUUUCGCUGACAUUGCCAGACUGUUGAGCGACUUUUUCCGUGACCUUGACGUGGUACCAUCAGACGUUGUAGCCGGGCUGGUGCUUCUACGAAAGUUUCAAAAAGUUGAAAGAGAACUGAUAGUAAAGCAAAAGAAAAACGACACGUAUGAGUUCCUCUCAGGCGUACCAGUAACGCCUCGUACUAAGUUUCUCUCCUUGACCGAGGACGGCGAUCUGGGCCAUUUUCAAUUGGCCAUUCAUUAUAUGCACUUCGCUCUCGCUGCCUACGGUUGGCCUAUGUUCCUCAUUAAUCAUUCUACGGGACUCUGCCAAUUAUGCACGAGGCUAAGAUGUGCUUGCUUUCCAUGUGGCAAUCAGGAGGACGAAGCUACGAUAGUGGAAGAUAACUGUUGUCAAUGCAAUUAUACGGCUCUAAGGAAAAUGGUCAAAGUUGGCGAAGUCGAAGUUGUUUAUGCGACCUUUCAUGUGGACGUCGGAGAGACACCAUUUUUCGUAGCGCUCGAUUACACGAAAAAAAAGGUUGUCAUCAGUAUACGAGGGACGCUCAGUAUGAAAGACGUUUUAACAGAUUUAAAUGCGGAAGGUGAAGUAUUACCAUUAACCCCGCCGAAAGACGAUUGGCUAGGUCAUAAGGGUAUGGUUCAAGCCGCAGAAUACAUACGCAAAAAGCUUCAAGAAGAGAACAUUAUCGCGCGAGCGCUAUCAAAGGAUCCUUCGAGAGGAACCGAUCAAUUUGGAUUGACAUUGGUUGGUCAUUCUCUUGGUGCAGGCACCGCCGCAAUACUUGCAAUUUUACUUAGGCAAGAAUAUCCGGAUUUGAUAUGUUUUUCUUUCGCACCACCCGGUGGAUUGCUCAGUAUGCCAGCUCAACAAUAUUCUCAAGAAUUUACGACGUCCGUAGUUGUAGGGAAAGACGUUGUACCUAGACUAGGAUUACGACAGAUGGAAAGUUUAAGGGCCGACCUUAUUAAUGCGAUAAAAAGGAGCGUCGAUCCCAAGUGGAAAACGAUAGCUUGUUCGGUAAUGUGUUGCGGAUGUGGCUCGACACCCACGUCGGCGGCUAAUAUGGAGGCUGGUGGAUGUAUCAGCGAGUAUCAGAGAGACAAGGAUCUGGCACGAUCUCAAGCGAUCAUACCUAUGGAUUCGAGUAUCGCAUUGACCUUGCAUAGGCCGCUCUAUCCACCUGGUAGAAUUAUUCACGUGGUUCGACAUCAUCCUAAUAAGGGCGAGAAAAAGUAUGAAUCACGGUGGAGGCAGGUGUUGUCUAAACGCGAACCAGUCUACCAGGCAUUAUGGGCAGGACCAUGCGACUUCGACGAGGUGUUAAUAAGUCCAGUGAUGAUACAGGACCACAUGCCGGAUAGCAUGCUGAAGGCCUUGAAUAAGGUUGUAACAACCCUGGGACCAGCGAAGCCACAGCGUUUGGCAUCUGGACAUGCUUCGUCCGCUGAACCAUCGGAAGUACGAGAAGUUAUGGAGGUCCAGGAGCUAGAAAUCGAGCAAGAAAUGAGGGCUCUUCUCUCACCUUCUACUCCGGUCAAGUGUCAGAGCAAUAAUCUAGCAGGGACACCACCGCACAAGCUUUGCCUCGAGACGAGCUUUACAUCAUUGCAGAGUCCGACGGAAUUCCCGCAGGCUGGCCGAGAACUCAGCGUUGACUCCAGAGGAAUACCAUGGGAAUACGUUAGCUUGGCCAGCGACUUGCUCAACACACCACGACCAGAUGACAGUAAAUUAUUAAAUCGUCGUGGAGAUUGGGAAGAUGUCUCUCGUACUGCACCCCUUGCCACCCCCGAAACAUUGUCAGAGACAUCGAGUAAUCCACCCUCGCCAAUACCACCGCCAAGACCAAUGAGACGCACACCAAAGAUUCCGGGAAACUUGUCAACGGCGGCGGACGACCUCAAAAACAAUCUCCACUUUGCUAUGCUCUCGGCGAAGAAUUACUUUCUGAGGGAGGAGAAUAUUGGAAGUAAUAGCAGUAGUGGUAAUAGCGAGGCAAGCUACGAAAGUGCCAAGAGUUUGACAGCUGAUCUUCCGCCGCCUGUACCAAGAAGAAGGGAUUCGAUUAUCGUUAGAAGAGAACAAAGGGUAUGCACGGCUGCAUGUUGUAGAGACGAUCUAUCGGAAAAUUCGUCCACUCAUGCGUCCUCUCAUUCCUCCAGAAUUUCACGUACGUCUCAUCAUGUACAAAUAGAUUUUCCUGAAGGAGAUAACGAGACGAACGGAUCUAGUUUAGAUUUCUUCGAGGCUAAGGGCUCGUCAGGUCAACGUGAUAGCAGUAACGACGUAUUCCUUAGCGUUCGAAGUUCUCCAGAAUGUAAAGGAUUAAUGGCACCUGCCACUGAUCUUGGUGCCGAAUGGAAAAGAAGGUUCGAUGCUACUGGUUUAAGCAGUGAUGCAUCUUUGCCUCUUCUUCGUGGUCUUUCGCCUACACCAACUACCGCACAACACAGUUCUUCGCCAUUCUUUAAUGCUAAACGAAAGAAAUAUGUUUAUCCUAUUACAUUGAUGGGUCGAGGCGAAAGCAGCGUCUAGCAAAACGAAAAAGAAAAAAAAAAGGAUGAUCUACAAUUUUUACGAUAACUUUUCUAGCCUAAUCGAAUAAAGAAAGGUAAUUUUUCGAAAAAGGUCUGUUUAACAACUGUUCAAAAUGAAGAUUAAGCAAAACUUGUGCCAAUAUGAUCGAUCGCUUGAAAUUUCUCUACAAAUAUACGCUCUAUGAACGAUUAGAUUUUUAAAACAAAGACAAAUCGAUUAGAGUAUACGCUUAAGGGGUAACAUUGAUUUAUCGACUAAUAAUUGAAUGACAAAUAUUAAUAAACAGUGUUAGGCAAUAUAUCUUUAAUUGAAUUAAUGAUUUCAAUUAAACUAUUUAAUUAUCAUAAUCAAUGAUAUAUGAGAUGAAAGUAUCUGUGGAGUAGUUCGUCAAUGAUUCAAUAUAUCUACGAAAAAGUUUAGUCAAUGUACGAGUCUACGAAAUAGUUCGUCGAUAUGUGAAUUUUAAUCAUACGAUUCACAUCGAUGUAUAAAUAAACAUUUAAUUAUAAAUUGUAAUUGAUAAUUAAAUAUUUCAAUUGCGAAUCGUUAAUGGUUAAUCGAAUUAAAUAUUGACCAACACUGUAUUAAUAAAUCUUAAGAAGCGACGAUGUGAUUAACACGAAUAGUUUUGCAUUUAACUAAUUUUUUUUUUUUUUUUUUUUUUUACAUAGAUUUUAUCCUUUUCAUGCAGUUACAGAUGUAACAUGAAAGAAAAGGAGACUUUUUAAAUAAAAGUCGAUACGUUUAAUUGUCAUUUAUUACUUCGAAAAAUUUAAUUUCUUUUCGAGAAUGCGUUAUAAAUCAUUUAUAGAUUAUAACUAUGGUGAGAAUGUUCUAUUGAACGAGAUAAUAAAACGAAUGUAAUAUGUUCGAUAAAAACAAUAUUUAAGACUCGUACAAAGUGAAACAUCUUGAGGUUCGUGGUUAGAAAGUAAGAAAUUUGUUUCGUAAGUCAAACUUACGCGCUAUGCGUACGACGACACUGGCCUAUCAAAUAUCGAUAUUUCUUGUUAGAAAAUUAGGAGCAAAUUCAUUUUGAUACAUUUUUAAUAACAAUACCUUUUUGAACUAGCAAAGAAUUAUUGCAUUUAUAUGUCUUUACGUGAAUUAUCAUAUAAAUCAAAGGAUUUCUUAUGUUUCUUAAUUAUAUAUUCCUAUUUUCUUCUAGGUUAGAAGAAUAACAAAAAAAAAAAAAAAAAUACUUAUUCAUCUAUUAAUGAUUUUUCAUACUUAACAUGUUUGUAAGAUCAAAAAUAGGAAAAAAGAAAUUAAUAUGCUAUGAUAUUAAAAAUGAAUACACUCGAUGACACACAAGGUAGAUGACGCAUUAUCAAAGGUUAUAAGGUCUCUCAUGGCAAUGUUUUUAAUAAUAAAAAUUUAAACAUUGUACUUGUGUACAAAGUAGAUGAAACGCGUAUAACGCAUAUAAUUCUAGUCAAUAUGGGAUAUAUUUAGAAAUGUAAUAUUUAUGGACUUAAUAAAAGUCAUACAUAUAGAAUAUCUGUAGAAAGAUGCUGUGCAAAGUUGAUUUUGAUGUAUAAUGAAAUAUAAUAAUUUAUAAGAAAUAAAAGAAUGAAGAGAGA